CGAGAGUUCCUUAAACACUAAAGCAAAAUUACUGAAAGAGCACUGGAAAUUUAGCAAGCUGCCCACCCCAGAUUCCAACAAGAUUGUUUCAGCCACAAUCAGACAUUGAAAUGGAUAAUCCGAUGCUUCUGAUAAAGAAUAUUGAAGGCAAACUUGAAGUCUGUCCAGAAGCCCUUGAAGUGCUUUCUAAAAUCCACCAACCGGUUGUGGUGGUGUCCAUUGUGGGAAAUGCUAGAACUGGCAAGUCCUAUCUCAUGAACAAACUAGCUGGCAAAAAUGCAGGUUUCAUUCUAGGUUCUUCAAUAGAAUCGAAAACCAAGGGAAUCUGGAUGUGGUGUGUUCCCUACCAGGGCAGGCCUGACCAAACCCUAAUUCUUCUGGAUACUGAAGGACUAGGCGAUACGAAAAAGGGUGAUACUAAAAAUGACUCCUGGAUCUUUGCCUUGGCUGUUCUCCUCAGCAGUACGCUAAUCUACAACACUUUGGGCACUAUUUCUCAGCAUGCCAUGGACAACCUUCACUACGUGACGGAGCUGACUAAGCUCAUCAAGGCAAAGGCGUCACCCAUCAAAGAGGUAGCAGAUUCUGCAGAAUUUGUUGGCUUCUUCCCAACAUUCAUCUGGACCUUGAGGGAUUUUACAUUGGAACUGGAGCUGGAAGGAGAUCCCAUCACUGCGGAUGAGUAUCUGGAUAGAUAUGUCUUGGAAUUAAAGGAAGGUGACACCAAAGAAAUCCGGAAAUACAACUUGCCGCGUGAAUGCACACGGAUGUUCUUCCCCACCCGGAAAUGCUUUAUCUUUGACCGUCCUACUGAAGCAAAUAAACUGAAGAACUUAGAGAAGAUGCAGGAGAAAGAGCUGGAUCCUGACUUUGUGAAACAAGCUGAUCAGUUUUGCCAUUAUGUCUAUGAGGAAUCUAAGACAAAGACCAUCCCAGGUGGCCAUGUCCUCACUGGAUGCUCACUGAAAGAACUGGUGAAGAUUUUUGUGGACACCAUCUGCAAUGGUAACAUUCCCUGCAUGGAGAAUGCAGUACUGCAAUUGGCCGAGACAGAGAACACAGCAGCCUUGCGUGAAGCUAAUGCUCGCUAUGAUGAAUUGAUGGAGCAAAGGCUGAAUCUGCCUACUGAGACUCUCGAGGAGCUCCUGGACAUACAUAAUGAGUGUGAAGAGGAAGCCCUCCAGAUAUUCAUGGAUCGUUCCUUCAAAGAUGAUACAUGUCAUUUCCAGAUUGAGCUUAUGAAAACCAUGAAUGAGAAGAAAGAGAAUUAUUGUCAGAAGAAUGAGCUGGCAUCCUCAAAACGUUGCUCGGAUAUCUUGAAACUUCUGGUUCAAAAUUUAAGGGACAAGAUCAAAAGUGGAAAUUACAUCAGAUCUGGGGGCUACCAGCUUUUCAGGAUGGACUGGAAGACAAUUAAAACAAAAUAUUACAAUGAGCCAAGGAAAGGCAUAAUGGCUAAGGAGGUCUUGAGUAAAUUCCUCAAGGACAUGGAUGUGAUGGGCGAAGCCAUACUUAAAAGUGAUAAACAACUUACAGAGUUAGACAAGGAAAUGGCAGAUGUAAAAAGAAAGGAAAAGGCAGCAAAACAAGAGCUGAAGGCCAAGGAGAACCAGGAGACCAGGCAAGAACAGAAGGAGAAGAAAAAUGAAAAGAGUUUUUGUGCACAUAUUCGACACCUAAUGAAAAAGAUGAAGGGAGAAAAUACAAGUACGCUGGAAGAGCUAAACAGGAUAAUCGAUGCAAAAUCCAAGGAGCAACAGUAUUUCGAGAGCCAACAAUUCUCUGCCUGUGCCAGCCUAUUGCAAACAGAGAUAAAUUAUUUCAAAUAUAAAACCCAAACCAAGACCCCGAGUGAAACUUCCCCGCGCAUGAAGAGAUUGACAGAGGCGGCUGUAGUUGUGUUAGGAGUCUUAGCAAGUGCUGCUGUGAUUCUGCUUCCCAUUUUGCUAAGGAUGUUAUAAACAAAUGGGAGGAGAGUCUCACCAUCAUUUUCUUGUUUUCCUUUGAGAAUUUGCUUAGCACAAUCAUCUUUGUGGUGCUAAGUAGCACAUUUCUGCAGCAUUUCACAUCCCUCUGAACCAGAUCCCUCUGAACCAAUAUACUCUUAACAUAUGACAAGUUUUGAAGUAGGGUAACAACUAGUUACUAGUGAAAGAGUAACUAGUUACAUAGAUUUUCAGUGCUGGGCAGUGGAUUCCAAGCAUUAUUGCUUGCUUCUUCCCCAUUGUCCGCCUAUUAAUUAACAUCUUAUUUAAUGCAGUCUUGUGGAAAAGUUGAACAUUUCUACUCUUUCUGUCCUUCUGUUUGAGCUUAAUAAAGAUAUUACCCAA